CAAGGUUAUAAACCAUCCUCUCUUCCCUUCUCCUCCCUCCACAACCAAAAUUAGAAACUAUCUCCUCAUACUCACCAUUGUAUUUCUUUCCUUUUCAGUCUCUCUGAUAACAUGAAAUGAUAUAUACCUUAAUAGAAGGUAUAGAAAGAAAGUAAAGAGAGAAGUGGUUGGGAGAGAGCAAGUGCAAAGAAGCAAAAGGAAGAUGGGUAAGCGUAUGAAUGAAGCAAAAAGCGUUGGUACAGUGGGAGUGAUGGAUAAGCUCCACCAUGCACAAGCAUCAAUUGGUGUGCUUACGAGGGCCAAAACCCUGGCCCUCAAGAAAUCCUUAUCCUCUCUGUCUACUUCCAUCAUCAUGGAGGAUAUAACGGCCAAUAACGGUAGUGAUGGCUGUUACCUCCAACUGAGAAGCAGGCGAUUGGAGAGGCGUGUGACUCCUCUUGUAAAGAAAGCAAAAAAGAACAAGUGCUCGCCGGCUAAGGGUAAGAAGGAAGUUGCUUCUCUGAAGAUUGAAGAGGACGGGGUGGAGGAGAAAGUCGACAAGGAAGAGGAGAAUAACAAGAAAGAUGAUUACAAUGAGGAAGAGGAGGGCUCGUAUGGGGAUAAUGAGCUUGAUCUUGAAAACAAAGGAAGAAUUACUAGGGAGAGCACUCCUAGUACCUUGACUGAGGGUUCCAACAUCAUCAAAACUCCUACUUCGAGCAACAAGUCAGCCACCAAUGGGAAUGCCAUCAAGAAAGGGAAAGCAAUAAUGCCAAGCGCAGAAGAACUGGAGGCCUUUUUUGCUCCACAGGAGAAGCUGGACAUUGAAAGAUUCAUCGAAAAGUACAACUUUGAUCCGGUGAAUGAGAAGCCACUCAAAGGACGUUAUGAAUGGGUCGAAUUCAAACCUUAGACAAACAGUAAAGAUCCAUUAAGACUUGAAGGACUUUCUUACAACAAGGGUACUGAAGGAAAAGUUUAGGAACUUUCAUUUGUGUGUAUUGUUGUUGGUCAUGUUGUGGUUUGUGUUGUCUUGCUCUAGUGAUAGUGUUUAAUGAAGUAGCUAGGUGCACUCCAGGUUAUUUAAUAUUUUCAGAAUUUAAAUUUAGUGUUUCUGUAUCAUGUUUCUCUCCUUCACCUUGUUGUCUUUCUCUAUGUUGAUUGUACUUGUAAAAUAUUACAUGAGUCUAUGUCAACUUCUGCUUUAUGUGACCAUCGUUUACAA